AUGGUGGCCUCUGAAUUCCCUAGAAGACUGUACACCAAAGGCGGUGAGCCAGCCUCGGAUAAAAGCAUCGGCUAUUAUGCUGAUGAUUAUAGGCUGGUACCUGCACUAAAGUCAGCUCUACAAGAGGAUGAAUGGGAAGAGAUUUACGAGUCACCGUUGGGUGUCUUUUUAAAGUUCCACGACUUGGAUUUUGGUUGGACUUCUAGGCUGGUGCACCACAUGCUGACCUUUCAGAUAGUUUGCAAGCAGAGGUACGAGAUAUGGAGCCUGAUUGGUACCACUCCAGUUUGGUUUUCAUUGCAUGAGUUUGAGGAGAUCACCGGACUUAACUGCGGGUACGUGGAUGACUUGGCUGUAACUGAUCUUGAGCUUUCCGAUGACAUGCGUGCAUUUUGGGAGCUAAUGGGGGUCGAUGUCGAGUCGGGCCCAAGCACUAUCGAAAUUAUUGAAGCUUGUUCCAACUGCUCAUCAUGGUAUCUGGAUGAUAGGCUGCGGUUGGGAUAUCUUGGGAUCUACGCUGGUUUCAUAGUGGCAACGAGACCAGGCUUAUCCAAAAAUGUCAACCAUGCCAGACUAGUGUUGGAUCUCAAAGAUUUUAAGGAGUUCCCAUGGGGAAGAAUUGCAUUUCAGCAUCUGAUCAAGUCUGUUAAGGAGAAAGAUCUCAGCAAAAACAUUCAUAUAGAAGGAUUUGUGCAAUCUCUUCAAGUGUGGAUGUACUAUGCUCUGCCGGAUUUUGCUGCUGAAUUUGGAGAACCAUUGCCAAAUGAUCCUACACCUCUUAUGCUGGCUUACAAAGGAUCAAGAGGACGAAAGAACGUCAAAGCCAACAUGCUAAAACAGGCUCGCAUACAGUGCUGCGUGGCUAAGGACUUGGCGGAUAUGUUUCCAGUUUGGGAUGAUGAGGAACAGGAUCCGGAUAUCGUCAAGAUUGUCAAUGCAAUCCAUGACCCCCAUUUCAAGUUCUCAAAAAUCCACUGGUCUUUGGAAGGUGUUUUGGGUGCACACAUCGUCAAGGCAGAAGCAGGAAAGAGGAGCCUACCCUCAGAUGAAUCAAGUCGCAAGAGAACCUGCACAGCCUCUGCCUCUGCCGCCUCUUUCGUUGGUGAUGAAGGGGUCGGAGUUGUCGCUACUAUGAAAGCGCACUUCGACCAUUGCUUCAAAAGCUUUUCAACCAAGAUGCUGAAUGGUCUUGGUAGCUGUGAAAAGCAGAUCAAACUUCUCACCGACAAGGUUGAAUCUGUAGAGCGCGCGGUAGAGGAGUUGACUACAGGGUCGGCGAAGCACACUGAGGAAGAGGUUAAGGACAAUGUUCAGCCAACCCAGCAGCAGGUCACUGGAUCCAAGAAGCAUGAAGGGAGUAAUUCAUUGAAAGAAGAUGCUCCGAUGAAAGAUAAUGUCAACGUUGGUGCGAGUGAGAGUGUUAACGCCCCCGGGGAUGCAAAAGAAAAGAAGGCUGCCAUGAAGGAAGAAGAGGCCCCCGAGCCUAGCUUUUGUGAAAUUGACCCGAAGACGUAUGAUGUUGACUUCGACGCAGUUGCACUAGCCAAAAAUGCCAAGGCCAGAGCAGCAGCUCAGAUAGUUGCCCGAGCAACGAGUGCCAGAAACCGACAGCUGGCUGCGACACAGAAGAGUCCUUUCUUAGGAAAUAGCACCGCAAAGGCGAUCAUUCCAACAUCGGCAUCUCACUCCGGCCGUGUCCGUGGAUAUGAUCCUUUCAAUCAAACCGGUGUCAGGGCGAAGCAUACCACUCUAAUGAACUUUGUGAAAGCAAACCCGUAA